AUGACCAAAGGGGAUACUGAUACUGAGAGGCCUAAAGAGAUUAAGCAUCCCAAGCCUUCUGAUGAGGCUGAAGCAGAGUCAGAAGAACCUCGUGCUGAGGCUGAAGCAGAGGCAAAGACAGGGAAAUUCUCCAAGAGGCCUACAGAAAAUGAGACAGAUUCAAAGGGACUUCCAGAGAGAAAGACAGUGGAUGAGGCAUUGCCUCCCGAAAAGAAGCAAGGGGAUAAAAAGAAGGACCAUGCUGAGAAAGACUCAGAGGUGCAGCCCAAGAAAAAGGCUGGGGAUGAGAAGGACUCAGCAGUUCAUGAUAAGAAAAAGCCCGGGGAUGAGAAAAAGCUCCGUACUGAGAAGGACUCAGCGGUGCAUGAUACGAAAAAGCCCGGGGAUGAGAAAAAGCUCCGUACUGAGAAGGACUCAGCGGAGCAUGAUAAGAAAAAGACCGGGGAAGAGAAAAAGCUCCAUACUGAGAAGGACUCAGCGGAGCAUGAUAAGAAAAAGGCCGGGGAUGAGAAAAAGCUCCAUACUGAGAAGGACUCAGCGGUCCAUGAUACGAAAAAGCCCGGGGAUGAGAAAAAGCUCCGUACUGAGAAGGACUCAGCGGAGCAUGAUAAGAAAAAGCCCGGGGAUGAGAAAAAGCUCCGUACUGAGAAGGACUCAGCGGAGCCUGAUAAGAAAAAGACCGGGGAUGAGAAAAAGCUCCGUACUGAGAAGGACUCAGCGGAGCCUGAUAAGAAAAAGACCGGGGAUGAGAAAAAGCUCCGUACUGAGAAGGACUCAGUGGAGCCUGAUAAGAAAAAGACCGGGGAUGAGAAAAAGCUCCGUACUGAGAAGGACUCAGCGGAGCAUGAUAAGAAAAAGACCGGGGAUGAGAAAAAGCUCCGUACUGAGAAGGAUUCAGCGGUGCAUGAUAAGAAAAAGACCGGGGAUGAGAAAAAGCUCCGUACUGAGAAGGACACAGCGGAGCAUGAUAAGAAAAAGCCCGGGGAUGAGAAAAAGCUCCGUACUGAGAAGGACUCAGCGGAGCAUGAUAAGAAAAAGCCCGAGGAUGAGAAAAAGCUCCGUACUGAGAAGGUCUCAGCGGUGCAUGAUAAGAAAAAGCCCGGGGAUGAGAAAAAGCUCCGUACUGAGAAGGACUCAGCGGUGCAUGAUAAGAAAAAGACCGGGGAUGAGAAAAAGCUCCGUACUGAGAAGGACUCAGCGGAGCAUGAUAAGAAAAAGACCGGGGAUGAGAAAAAGCUCCGUACUGAGAAGCACUCAGCGGAGCAUGAUAAGAAAAAGACCGGGGAUGAGAAAAAGCUCCGUACUGAGAAGGACUCAGCGGUGCAUGAUAAGAAAAAGACUGGGGAUGAGCACCAUACAGAGAGAAAGACUGCAGAUCAUAAGAAGGACCGAAAAGCAAAGAAGGUGGAGACUUCCAAAGUGAAGGGAAAGAAGAAGAUAAGCAAACGUCCAGCUAAGUCUAAGCCAACUAAAAAGGAAAGUGACACAAAGAAGGCAACACCUUCAGCUAAGACUACGGCCCCUAAGAGGUAAGUAAUGUUAAGCUUCUUGCUUCAUCUUCAUUACCCGAGCCUCAAGCUGAGACUUUCACAUUCGUAUUUGUGGAAGCUUAAUGGGUGAUUAAAGGAGGGUAGGCUGAGAGUAGGUUCCAUGUAUGUUCCACAAACAUUUGAAAUGAUUAAACUCUGCCUUAUUUUGUGCAGCAAGAAGAGUAUAAGUGCGCCAAAGAAGGCAGUAAAAGCCAUCAAAAAGCCGACAACAACAGCAAAACGGCCGACAACAACAGCAAAACGGCCGACAACAUCAGC